CUGGUCACGUUUCUGGCUGACAGCCGGCUGUCCUGGAGAGCGCUGGAGUGAAUCCGGGUCCAGUGUUGGAGGUAUAGCGCAGCGCACCGACACCUGCAGUAGGAUGUAAAGGGAAUUCCCACUUACUCAACUGUAUCAAUACCAAUCUGGCCACCAUCUCCACUACUGUUGAGCCAGAGGAGAAGAAAAGGCAGAGCAUGGUCUGGUGUGGCAGCAACUGUUGCUAUGUGUGAAGGAGUGCUGUGGCGUCAAUGGAGACCGAAGGCUAUCGUGACCUCCUGGAGACCAGCGAUGGUCAGGGGGUAGGCCUACUGGAUGGAGGGGGUGAGGCAGGAGCAGAGGAGGGCUGGAGCACUCCCUACCCUCUAGGCUUCCAGGUAUCUUUAACCACCGUAUUGAUACUGGAGCUGGUGUUGGGCUUCAGCAGCAACCUGACUGUGCUUGUUCUUUACUGUGCCCAGUCCAAUCUGGUGGAUUCAGUCAGCAACCUGGUCACAGUCAACCUCCAUGUGCUGGACAUACUGGUCUGUGUGCUGUGUCUGCCACUAACUGUGGCUGUGAUCCUGCUACCAGCCAAUGGGAGUGGAGUCAGCAGUCUGGCAACACUGUGUUGCUUUCAUGAGGCCUGUGUCACGUUCACUAGUGUGGCCACAGCAGUCAAUGUGUUGGUGAUCAGUUUGGACAGAUAUGACAUCUCAGUACGUCCAGCCAGUCGCCUGCUGACCCCGAGGCGUGCAGCACUGCUCCUGGCUGCCGUGUGGGCAGUGUCUCUGGCUGUUUUCUUCCUGCCUUUCCUCGAGGGGGACUUCUUUUCUUCCGGGGUUGAGGGCAGUGAGGACGAGGACUCAGAAAGGCAGAAAAAUGACUCAGAACUCACAACUGGAGUGAUCCCAAUAUUUUCCUCCUUCUCGCCCUCAUCUUUGCCCUCAAGUGAUCCUUCGCCCCCUUCACACCACCUGCCUCCAGUAUGGCAGAACAGGACAUUGCUAUGUGUAGGAGGGCAGGGGUAUUACACAGGCCUGGCUAUGUAUUACCACUUGUUGCUCCAAGUGCCAUGCUUUUUUGUCGCUGUGGUUGUCAUGUUGUUCACCUACUCUAGGAUCCUACAGGCCCUUAACAUUCGCAUUGGCUCCCAUAUGAUGAGAGGUACACGUACCAAGGACUCCACCUGCAGGAUACGUUGCAGGAGGCGGAAGAGGAAGGACCUGAGCCUGCCAACAGAGGUAGUGUCGUCAAACCAGAACCAGAACCUCAGCCACCCUCCUCUUAUCCCAUCACCCACCCCUACACCAACAUCGCCCCCAGCUAUCUCCUCCAUGCCCCAGGGCAUGUCUGACAGUGGAGCGACAGUCACUACUGUCAGUACUGCUGCCACCACCCCCAUCGCCACCACACCAGCCACCCCUGCUUCUCCAACCCCAGCUUCAGCCUCAACCCAUACCCAAGCCAACACCCCAUUGCCAGCCUCCUCAAUGGGAGUACAGGCCUCAGUUUCUGCAAUCAUCGCCUUGAGGAGGGCAGUGCGCAGGCACAGAGACCGUCGAGAACGUCAACGGCGUGUCCUUAAAAUGUCCCUCAUUAUAAUAUCCACCUUCCUGGGCUGCUGGGCCCCUCUGUCUGCAGUCAACGUUCUGAUCCUGUGUCUGGGUCCAAGUGAUGGCCUGGUGCGGCUGCGCCUCUGCUUCUUGGCAAUGGCUUAUGGAACCACUAUUUUUCAUCCUCUGCUCUACGCUUUCACCCGGCAAAAGCUGCGCCGUGCACUCAAAACACGUGUAAAGAAAAGGGUAGUGUCGCUUCUUCAGGUGGACCCAGCUCCAAGUGGGGGAACGGUUAUUCAUAACUCCUGGGUGGAAGGUGGAGGUCAAAGGAAGACUCGCAAGCCCCGGGUGGAGGCCAGCGAUGGCACUGAUCGAUGCCUCACUGAGGCAGUGAGGGAAUGAGGCUGUUCCUAGUUUGCAUGUGUGGGUGUGUUGGUGUGAAUAUAGGGGAGUGAAAGCAUCUUACAGAUUUAUAAGAGAAGGAUUUUGUGUGUUUAUGAGAGAAAAUGAGACCAAGGCAGUUUACAAAGGUCAGGACAAAUUCCAUGACCUGUGGCUUAUGUGGAGACAGGUGAGUCUGAGCUUUAAUUAGAGCCCUCUUUCAGCUCUCCUUUCACAUGCCCUCAUUAGUGCACGUCUGACUGACAAGGUGGCCACUGUGUCUCCAUGGCAACACUAGCCAAGCAUCAUGAACAACACCUUAGCUGUGGCCUCUGAAAUACUAGUGUACACCCCACUUGCAGGGUAAGGGUUAGAUAACAGCAAAUGCAUACAUUAUUGCUCUAGUGUGCACUUUGAACCUGCAUGUACAUGUAAAUAUGCACAGAUAGACAGACCCACACACAUUAGCACACACAUGCACAUACACACUUACUGGACACUGGCCUAUAUUUAGUCAUUAUCUGUGAAGCACACCAAUAUCUACCUACACAGAUAUUCUCAGUGAGAAUGAUUUUAAUGGAGGGUUUUCUCUUUCUUUCAUUUAUUCGUAUUCAUGCCUUGAUAGAGUUAUUUAUAUGAUCUCAUGGUGCUGAAUGUCCUGCUGUAUGUUUACAACAACGUGUCAGAGUAACAGUGUUUAUGCAUACUGUAUGGUAUGGGAAAUUAAUAGUGAGUAAAUGCAAGUAUUCAGAUUCAAAGUUUACAGGCUCAACUUCCAGGAAAAUGCAAAAAACAGGUUUAGAUUUUAUUUCAGCACCAUAUUUUGGCAGAAUGUGUGGAGAUAAACAAUUAAAGGCAUGAAUUUCUUUUGUUUUUUUUCCAAAAUCAGCUUUAAGAAUAUCAGUUACUAUGAUUUUGGGGAGGGUGUGUGACUUUCUUGGUAUGUUGGAUGUUUGCAUGUGUGCAUGUAUGCAUAAAUGGAUAAAUGAGUGGAGUGUAUGAGUGCCAAUGACCAUGUGCAAUAAAUCAUGAGCAAAGCAAUGAACCCUAGGAUGUGAACAAAAAAAGAAUGUGAACACAGAAUUGUAGGUUUUCUCUGAAUGGUUUUCAUAUAAAAGAGAAAAGGAGAAGAAAAGGGACUUAACAUUCUUAUUCAAAGCGAUAGCAAAUUACCAGGAAUAAUUGUAACAACACAGUUCACUGUAAUACUACUGAUACUGUAUCACUUCAGUUUUUUAAAGUGGAAAUCAAAGGGCAACAUUUUGUAAAAACUUCAUCAAAGUUGUCUCAUUGAAGAUAAACAAGCAUCUUUAACCAGAGAAAUCCCUAAUUCUGACUCUGGGCAUUUCUUUGAGUACGCUGUUUGAGCUCUGGAGGGCAGAGUCAUUGCUUUUGGCAGCACUCUGGAUUACUGCGGAGGCAGACAGACCACUGUCAGCCUCUGGACUGAGUCCUGGACAUAUUACAAUAUAUCUGUGUCUCUCUUUCUCCUCAGGGCUUUGUGUCUCAUAUCCAAACUUGCUGGAAAUGAAACAAUAAACCAGCCCUUAAUCAAUUGUUGUAUAAUGGGUGUUACAGUAGGUAAAGAUUUAUGUCAGUAAGUAGAUACAGUACACUUUAAACUUUGUAUGGGAGAGCUUCUUGGGCUAUAGCUAACUCCUUCAUUCUCACCUCUUUUACACUUUGUGUGAGCCGGACAGAAAACAAUAAUUCUUGUGUAUUCAUGUAUAUUUUUCAGGGAUGUAAAUAUUUAAGUGUCUGUUAUGGGUUUUAGUAAGAAAAGAAAAUCAUCACAAUCAU